CGCCGCCUUUGAGCUCAAAAUCAUGGAGCGCGCGUGUCUCCUGGACAACCCGAUAUACACAAAGCUGUUCCGCGGAGAAUAAGAGCUCCUGGUGCAAUUCUCCUCUCAGAUCGUCUUCAGUACUCACCUGAGAAAAGCUGACACUUGAGAAUGCCUACAAGAACCAAAAAAUCCAAGUCUCAUAGUGCCAAACCAAAAAAAAAGAGUGACAAAAAGCGCCCAUCUAAGAAAAGGUCAGCGAAUACAGCAUGCUCGAAGCCAGCAGUGGAUAUUCUGAGCCCAGCUGCCAUUGAGAACGCCUACUACAUUUCCCACAGUGCAGUGGACUGUCUGGAGUUCAGAGGCUUUAGCUGGCCUGAAGCCACUAAGAAAAAAAAAGGAAAGGGACUAAAAAAAAAAAGCAAAACAAAAAAUGAGAAUGCCUUAAUGUAAAUUAUAAAAAAUAUCAGCCGUAGAUAUUCUGUAUAUAUGAUUCUGUCAGGUAGAUCAAUUUUAAAUAUAUGCUGUAUAUUUGUUAAU